AUGUGUGCAAGUAAUAAUGAUAAUGGGCGUAAUAAAAGUAAAGCUUCAUAUGGUAAUGUUGAUCAUUGUUUAGUACGUUCAUAUAAUUCUUCAACAAGUUCAAUAAGAAUAUUAUCUGAUAAUGAUAUUCUUGAUGAACUAUCAAUCAUUUCUUGUUCUUCAUUAACAUGUUCAUUAUUUAAUGAAUUUGUAUUUUCAUUUGGUCGUUGUAAUAAUGUAUAA